AAAAUAAGUAGUCGGAAGUGUUUCAUGUUAAACAAACAAACAAAAUUGUGUUUACAUUUUUUUGACAGACUAUAAUAAUACCGGGAAAAUGUCUUUUGAUUUAAUGUUUUCAGAUAUUCCAUGAAUUAAAAAUAACUUACGAAGGUGAUAAUGUUUCUAGUCAAAAAUAUGAUUUUGGCAUCUCGCGAUUUUUUUUCCAGUCUUUUAGUUAAUUAUGAAUGAUAUUACAGAAGCAAAUAAAAUCUUCACGGAUCAUCUUGAUGGUUUUGAUCACUCACUAAAAAAAUGCCUUCUUACAAAAAAUAAAAUUAAACAUUGCAUUGAGGAAAUUUUUUCUAAUAAUAAUAGAUACGAUUCAGCCGAGUUAAAUUACUGUAGUGUAUUUAGGAUAUAUUUUUCAAGUUUAAUUAAAUUUCUGCAAUGCCUCAUCAAAUAUAUCGUCACUGGUUUCUUUAUUGCUAUAUUUUUGUAUUUAUUUAUCAUAUCUCACAAUUCGGUACAAAAAUUUGUUAUGAGAAAUUGCCAAAAUCUAAUCUAUCCCACUAUGCGUACGUUACGUAUAUGGACUUUACCAAUCUUGCGAAACUAUGAAUUUUUAUCAGAUUGGCAUGAAGAGGAGUGUUUGGUGCGGAAUCCUUUCUAUUAUGAGCUUCCAUUAGAUUGCUGGCCUUGUGAAAAUAUUAGAACUUUGGUAGAUCUUUCAGGUUUUACAAAUUAUAGUCAUGAUUAUGUACUUAAUGAGCAGCCUUUUAUUGUUAGAGACAGCUUACAAGAGAAUGUAUCCUUUCAAGAUCUUCAAAAACUUUAUUAUAAAUAUGAUAAGCUUUUAGAUCGAGGAACAGCUAAAUUUCGGUGUAGUGAGAAGGAUUUUUGUUUGCCUAAUGAUGUAUUCACUAAAAAACCACCUGCUAUAAAUACAUUUCAUGUGAUGUGGAAAAUAAAUCGCGUUGCUGCUGCUCGUGUAAUUAGAAAAAUCUUUCCUCGUCCGUACUUCAUUCCAAAUAAUAGUGAAGUGGCUUUAGAACGAUACUUGUAUCUUAGUGGAUCAGAAGCACCUCAAUUCUUCUUGCCAUUAACAGACUUUGCUAAUGUAUGGGUUGCACAAGGACAAGGUUAUCGCCUUAUUGUUUUAGAUCCAUCUGAGCCAUGUAUUUCAAAUUGUUCUGCUGUAUCUGUGCUACUACGGCCAAGAGAUGUGUAUUUUAAAUUGAUCCAAUUAAUUACAGUGUAUUACAACUGGCAGUUCUGGAGACCAAGAUCACGUCCAGCAAAUUUAUGUGAAGAAAUGAGCAUUACCUUUGUCGGUUCUUUCUAUUGAGAUAUUUUGAUUGAUAUGGAAUGGAGUUGUAUUAAUCUAUAUACUAUAACAAGACACUAUUUACAAAAUAUAUUUAUUGUGAUAUUUGACUUGACAGAUCUAUAAAAUAUGUAUGAAUUCCAGAUAUAUGUAAUAUAGAGUGAUAUACAUAAUCACAUUUUAAAAUGGAAUUGUACUUCAUUAAAUGGACGGAUUAAAACACAUUUAGACUGAAA